AUGGAUGGCACCAUCCCCACUCCUGACCUUGCAAAUGCUUCUUAUGUAUCUUGGUUACGAUGUAACAAUAUCCUGCUUGCUUGGAUUUUAAAUUCAGUUUCCAAGGACAUAGCCUCUAAUGUGUUCUUCAUGACUUCAGCUAAACAGGUAUGGGAUAAACUCAAAGAGCGUUUUGCACAGCCUGAUGAGGCUAGGAUAUAUCACCUUCAACACAAACUCAGUGGCAUAGUUCAAGGGCAUCUUUCUGUAAGUGACUACUUCACCCAACUUAAUGCCAUUUGGGAAGAGUUGCAUAGCUAUAGACUACUUCCUUGUUGCACUUGUGGUUUAUGUACAUGUGAUGCAUUAAAGAAUGUUGGUGAAGUUCAACAAAGGGACUAUGUUUUCAAAUUUUUAAUGGGUUUAAAUGAUAGUUAUGAUAAUGUUAGAGGACAAAUUAUCUUGUUGAGCCCCUUGCCUUCUCUAGAUAAAACCUUUUCACUUUUUUUACAAGAAGAGAGGCAAAGGCAAGCAAGAAACAUAGAUGUUCCUACCUCAGAACCAUCUACCUUGCUUGCUUAUCAAAAUUUCUCAAAGAAAAAGGAGAAAAUAGAUUUGGUUUGUGGACAUUGUGGAAAAAUGGGACACACAAAGGAGAAAUGCUACAAACUAAUAGGAUUUCCACCCACUUUCAAAUUUACCAAAUCUAAGUUUGGAAAUGGUUUUGGAAAACCUGCUACUCACUCUGCGAACGAGGUUGCUCGUGAUCAAACUGUCGCUACAGGCCAUGCAUCUCCUUCACCAAGUCCCUCUCAGCUAAACCUUUCUCAAGCACAAGCAUAA